CAAUUCCGUGUGUCAGAAUGGCGGGAACUUUUGGCGCUAUUCCACAUUUCCUGGUCAGUUAUAAACCUCUACAUCAGCCUUCUUCCGCAAUCUUGAAACCCUUCUCCAUCUCCAAAUUAAACCACGGUUACAAUUUCUUCUCUCGAGCUUUUCCAUUUCCACAUCUAAACAUGGCUGCAAAUGGCAUCAAUUCCUUCUUCCGCGUCAAAAGGCUCUCUGAUAAUGCUGUCUUGCCCUCCAGAGGCUCCCCUCUCUCUGCUGGCUACGAUCUCUCAAGUGCGGCGGAGACAAAAGUGCCAGCCAGGGGAAAGGCUCUAGUACCCACAGAUCUUAGUAUUGCCGUUCCUCAAGGAACCUAUGCCCGUAUAGCUCCAAGAUCAGGAUUGGCAUGGAAACAUUCAAUAGAUGUUGGGGCAGGUGUGAUUGAUGCAGACUAUAGGGGAGCAGUUGGUGUUAUUCUUUUCAACCAUUGUGAUGUUGAUUUUGAAGUGAAAAUUGGUGACAGAAUUGCUCAAUUGAUCAUAGAGAAAAUCAUAGUGCCAGAUGUCGAGGAGGUUGAUGAUCUAGACUCGACAGUUAGGGGCUCUGGAGGCUUUGGAUCAACCGGAGUUUGAAAUCUUUGGCUUGAAUUAGAAUCAUAGUGGUUACUAUAUUUACCAGUUACUAUUGAUGUGCAAAUAUUUGUAGGUUAGUACAUUUGGUUAUGUUUUUAGAGAUUGGAGCAUUUUGGAAAGUGCAGGAUGAGUUAAGUCUUUAUGCUUCGUCAAGGUUGAGUUGUCUGUUUUUAUGUGAUAUUUUCUUAAUUCAUGAUGCAAGUUAAGGUUUCUUGUUGCACGUA